AUGGACAGGGUUCCUCGACCAGAACAAGACAGUCUUCCCUGUUGCCACUACAAACCAGUGUUUGAUAGCUCUAACAAGCAGCGCAGUGGAGAAACAAGAUACCCGGAUGAUUUCCAGCCAAGAAAAAACUUGAAAGUGGAGUUUGCUAAUGAUC